AUGCUGCGCAGCGGCUUCUUCCAGCGCCGCAACCUGCGUGUCCGCUACGCGCUGGCAUUUAUCCUGACCAUCAGCGUCCUCCAUAUCGUGCAACUCUGGCAAUGGGAGCCCCCAGCACAUAACCUGCACCAGACCACGGGCAUACAGCCGCGCGACCUCCAUAUCUUCACCGACAAUGCCAUCAACAACACGGCCGUCAUUGUCCCCGUCAACUCGGGCAUGCUGCACUUUGCCGAGAACAUGCUGUGCUCCCUGAAGCAGACCGACUUCAACUCGUCUGCCCUCAUCUUCUGGGCGCUGGAUGCCCAGGCCGAAAUUGAGCUCAAGAAGCGCGGCUACAACACCUACCGCAACCCGGCGCUGUUUGGCGUCAGCAGCGACGUCAACACGCACGGAAACACGGCUGCCUACAAGCAGAUGAUGCGCGAGCGGCCCGUCUUCUACGCCGACAUCCUCACCAGCGGCAUCGACAUCCUCAUGCUCGACGCCGAUAUUGUCUUUUGGGAUAACCCGCUGAGCGUGGUCCCGGCCGCCGAUGAACGGGACUCGGUCGAUAUCAUAUACAGCACCGACGCGCGCGAGUUCUAUACCGAUAAAAACGCAUUUAGGGAUAACCUGCGCCGCGGCGGCUACAUGCCCCCGAUCUGCAACGGCAUGUUCUGGAUGAAGGCCCGCAAGGAGACCGUCUCCAUCUGGACCGACAUGCUGGCGGCCUUUGAGGCCUCGUGGUGGAGGCUCGGCCUGUACCGCCUCAUCUGGUUCCAGGACGACCAGCGCGGCGUUGACGUGCUGCUCAACGACGGCCGCGCCAAGGUUGUUGCGCCCUUCCCUACGGGCAUCACGGGCGACAUGGUGAUCAACGCCAACGACGAAAAGGCCCUCAAGGUCCGCCUGCUAGACCAGGCGCAGGCUGUCAAUGGCCACCUGUUGCUGCUGCGCGAGAAGUCGUACGAGGCCAACCUGGCCAGGCUGCGCAAGCAGGGCAAGGACCGUCUCCUGGCUCAUAUGAACUGGUCGACCGUGACGAUUGGCAAGGUUGACGGGGCCAAGAAGAAGAACAUUUACUAUUUAGACGACCAGGGCAAGUGUACCCUCUAA